AUGCCUGAAGAUGUCUUCACAAGAAAGCUCUCUUUAUUGGAAGCUAACUACAUGAUCCAGCCGAUUCUAAAUGAUGAAAUUAAAAAUGCUAUGUUUAGCAUUGGAAAUUAUAAAGCUCCAGGAUCUGAUGGAUUUUCUUCCAAGUUUUUCAAAGCUGAGUGGGAUAUUGUUGGUCGUGAUGUGGAGAUUGCUAUCCACAAUUUCUUUUAUCGAGUUCUCAACGGCCUACCUAGAUGUGCGUUCAAAAUUGAUAUAAAAAAAGCUUAUGAUACUGUGGACUGGCGUUUCCUCAUUGUUAUGCUCCAAGGUUUAGGAUUCCAUCCAGUUUUGGUCAAGUGGAUAAGGGAGUUGGUGUCUACCAUUUCUUAUCCACUUGCGAUUAAUGGUAAUUCCUAUGGGUUUUUUCAUGGAGGGAGGGGUCUUAGACAAGGGGAUCCUUUAUCCCCAUAUCUAUUCACGAUUGUGAUGGAGGGGUUUUCUAUGCUCCUUAAGCAUUGUAUUCGGGAAGCAGCUGAUUUUGGGUACCAUCGGGGUUGUGAUGAGCUGGAUUUGACACAUCUUUGUUUUGCUGAUGAUUUGUUUGUUUUUACUAAAGGGGAUGUUCUUUCGGUGGAAGUGCUAAAAAAGGCACUCUUUCUUUUUCAGAGUCGUUCGGGAUUAGCACCAAGCCUUGAAAAAAGCGAAAUUUACUUUGGUAAUGCUCGGUUGAAGCUAUGUGAUUAUGCUCCGUUAAUUGCUAAGGUGAAGGGUCACAUUCUUAAUUGGAAGUCCAAGUUUCUAUCGUUUGGAGGGAGACGUCAACUUAUAAUAUCGGUCCUGCAAUCCCUUCAGCUUCAUUGGAUGUCGGUGUUCUUAUUCCCGUCUGGGGUAAUCCAUGAUUUAGAAUCUACUUUUUGGAAAUUUCUUUGGGCUCCAAGGGAUGAUCCUCGAGGUAGAUGUAGGUUAUCUUGGGAUGAGGUUGGUGAUGGUCGGGAUACAAAUGCUUGGGAGGAUGGUUGGCUAUCCUGUGGUCAUCUUUCGGCUUUUAUCUCUUAUCGGUUUGUCCAUUCAUUUGGGUUCUCAACUUUUACGACGGUUCGUGAUCUACUGAUGAGUUGGGAGGGUGUUUGGCCGGAUGAUUGGAGUAGCAGGUUUGCUGAGCUGCAUUCUUCUCCGUUACCGUUGUUGAUUGAUUCAGUUCGUGACAGAGUUCUUUGGGGUGAAGAUCGUACUUCUGCUUCGAAUUUAACGGUGAGUAAUGUUUGGGCUUUGUUAGAGGGAUCUCACCCGAUUGUUCCUUGGCACAAAGCGGUAUGGUUAUCUGGCCAUAUCCCUAAGCAUGCGUUCUGUUUGUGGCUUGCUUGUCAGAGGCGUCUUCCUACACAAGAUCGUAUGCUUUGGAAGGAUGAACCACCGGAUCUGGAAUGCUUGCUUUGUAGACAUUGUAUGGAUAGCCAUUCCCACUUAUUCUUUCAGUGUUCUUAUGCUCAUGAAGUUUUGGAAACAAUUUCGGAUUCAAGUCGACGUCCGAAAAGUGUAAAGAAGAAGCUUGCGUUGGCAGCGUCUGUUUUUUAUAUUUGGCAGGAGCGAAAUAGACGUCUCUUUACUGAGGAAAGCCACACAACUUUGCAACUUAUCAAAGUUAUCAUGAUUCUAUUUCAAUUCCUGCGGAUUGGUUGA